CUCAUCUCCACUUCCUGUUCUCAGUUCAGGAAGCUGCCAGUUUUUCAGACGGCUGAAGUGUCUCCAUCUUUCUUCUGCUGUUUCUGGUUGUGUCUUUGUUGCGGCGGGGUAGAUUGGGAGGAUCAGUAUGCAGGGUGAAUCUCUCAGAGGAUGUGGAACAGGACUGUUGUGAUGGAGAUAGAGCUGGUCUGAGCGUCUUCUCUCUCUCUUUCUGUGUGUCUGUCAGUGGCCCCUAAGCCUGUGCACCUGCUGACCCCCGAGAGCCAGGGUCCCGUCUGAAGGUUCAUCCAGGGCUUCCACAGCUCCAGGUUUCUGUGUCUCCGGCGGAGGAACUGGCAUGGAUCCUCCAGCCUCUCGAGAGCCGGACGCCAGCGGUCAGUCCCCACCGGUGCCUGAGGAUGGACUUACAUUUAAAGCAUGUGAAAUCUCUGAGCUUUUGAGAUUGUCCAGCUUAAACUCCUUCCCGACGGACUCAGCCAGUGACACGGUGAUUACAGAUGAACUUCAGAAAGAGCAUCAGAGACACUCCAGUAGCGGUUUGGAGAAUAAUCACAGUGACUCAGACGCCGAGCGUCGUGAAGGGAGCAGCAAGCAUGGAGACGGUGAGCAGGAGCGGCCGCAGGGUCACGAGGGGACGGAGGCAGACGGGAAGAUCCCCAACCGGGACAGCGGCAUCGACAGUCCCUCCUGCGGGGGAGAGGGCGAGGGCUUCCCGAACGAGGAGCCCAUCGAGGAGGAGGACAGGAACGACAGCAGCACCACAGAGACAGAGUCAUGUGUCACCGCCGGAAACAAACGGGACUCCACGCAGGACGAGGACAGUGACCUGGACGAGGGGAGCUGUGAAGAUCCUGAGGGUCUGCCGUCUGAGUCGCAGAAGUUGUUGAACAUUGCUAAAGAGUUGCUUCAGACAGAAGAGGCAUAUGUCAAAAGACUCAACCUGCUGGACCAGGUGUUUUGUGCCCGUCUGACGGAGGCUGGUAUCCCUGCUGAGGUCAUCACAGGAAUCUUCUCCAACAUCUCCAGCAUCUAUCUGUUCCACCAACAGUUCCUGCUGCCUGAACUACAGACACGCAUCACAAAGGAGUGGAGCUGUAAUCCACGCAUAGGGGACAUCCUGCAGAAGCUGGCCCCGUUCCUGAAGAUGUACGGCGAGUAUGUGAAGAACUUCGAUCGUGCCAUGGAGCUGGUGAGCACCUGGACGCAGCGCUCGGCUCAGUUCAAGAGCGUGGUCCAGAGCAUCCAGAAGCAGGAGGUGUGUGGGAACCUGACACUGCAGCAUCACAUGCUGGAGCCGGUGCAGCGGAUCCCACGCUAUGAGCUCUUACUGAAGGACUAUCUGAAGAAGCUGCCCACCAGAGCCCCAGACCACAGAGAUGCACAGAAUGCUCUGGAGCUGAUCUCCACCGCAGCGAACCACUCCAACGCUGCCAUCAGGAAAAUGGAGAAGAUGCACAAACUGUUGGAGGUGUAUGAGAAGUUGGGUGGAGAGGAGGACAUCGUUAAUCCAGCUAAUGAAUUCAUUAAAGAAGGCCACUUGAAGAAGAUGUCAGCUAAGAACGGCAGUGCACAGGACCGAUACCUCUAUCUGUUCAAUAACAUGAUGCUGUAUUGUGUGCCCAAGCUGAGGCUGAUGGGACAGAAGUUUAGUGUCCGAGAGCGAAUCGAAAUCGCAGGGAUGGAGGUUCAGGAAAACGUCAAGCAGAACGUCUCUCACACUUUCACCAUCAUCGGCAAACAGCGCUCGCUCGAGCUGCAGGCCAGGACGGCUGAGGAGAAGGACGACUGGAUAAAAGUGAUCCUGGCCACGAUUGAGAAGCACAAGCAGAACAGUGAGACGUUCAAAGCUUUCAACACCUCCUUCAGCCGUGAUGAAGAGCACACACCUGACACGCCGGGCCAGUGUACGAGUACAUGUGAGGCAGACGGAGCUCAGCACGAGAGGAAGAGCUCAAAGAAACGAGAGAAGGAGAGAGAAACAUGCAAAGUCUGCAGCGAGGCCUUCCACUUCACCAAGCGCAAGCACCACUGCAAGAGCUGCGGCGCGGCCGUCUGUGGGAAGUGUUCGAAGGUGUCUGAGAGCAAGAACAGCCGCGUGUGUAAGCCGUGUUUUGAAGGGCUGCAGGGAGCUGAAGGGACAGCAGGGGGCAGCACUGAGCCCAAGAGAAAACUGGAGAAGCAGCUGUCAGUUGCUCAGUCUUCUCAACGGACAGGAAGAGGAGAGGAGUUGGAACAAGAGCUGGGCGGCCAUCAUUGAAGCACAGCUUUACCAGCAAACCAGUGCACAGAUUCAGUGCUGUGCCUCUGUCGGUCAUAGGUCUCUCUGGCUGACAUCAGUGACAUGAGAAGAAGAACGAGUUCAAGAAUCGGAAUGGAGCUCCUGUCACAUGCUGUAAAGGGAGGAGCCAACAAGAUGUCAGUCACAGCCAGAGCCAAU